GGCGGCCAAAUUUGGUGACACCAGUGACGCCGUUGAGACCAUGCGCGAUGAACCUGCAGCCAGCAGCUUCUGACCGCUAUAAAAACCACCUGCAUUUUUCGAGCUUUACUCUCUCAACGUCCACAUCCACCAUCCAAUGUCCGAAAUCACCCUCUACCCCAACCCCAACGUCAACGUCAACUUCACAUUCACCAUUUCCAUCUUCCUAGCUGAAGUCGGAGCCGAGUACACCGUUGAAUCCGACAUUGAGAAAAUCAAAAACGAUGAAAGGUUCCAGGCAAGCGGCUUCCCUGGUUUCUUCACCCAUCGCGGCUUCUUGAUCUCCGGGACGGGACCUAGUCUCCUUUAUCUCCAAGGCCUGUUAGAUCAGGAGAAUGACUAUGGGUACACUUCGUAUGGGAACCCGGAGGAGUACAGUGAGAUUGUGCAAUGGUUGUUUGCUAUCCAUGCAGUUGUCGCACCUAUUGCCCAAGCCGAAGCUGAUAACUCCAAUUUGGGUGCGCAGGAGAAGACUCCGUACGCUCAGAAACCUCACGUCGAUGCACUCAUGAGGCUUUUUGCCACACUUGACAUUUUCCUAACAAACCACCAGUAUUUGGUCGGUGAACACUAUACGAUAGGUGAUAUCGCGGUUUAUGGAUGUGUACGUUUGGCCCGUGAUCUUGAAAUCGACAUGAGCGAGUUUGAUGCGUUGACGGCUUGGACGCAACGAAUUGAGGCUCGACCUGCUGUUCAGAGAGUUCUCGCUGAAAUGAACUGAAAGGGAAACAAGAAUUGAGAAUGCAGUUUUGUACAUGUACGUGGUUGGGUUGGUAGACAGGUGAACUCAAGUGUAGAAUGUGAAUUCCGAAUUAUAGUAAUUGUUGAACCAUGC